GUGGCUUCCGGCUCUCCUACGCCUCCGUCCGCGGCACCGCCCUCGCCGCUUUGGUGGAAGGCGUGUUGCCCGCGGCGGCCAGGCUCCUCCACGCGCAGGCUGUCGCCAUGCAGCUCGAGGCCAAGCCCGUGCUGGGCUUUUCGGCCACGUGGAAGGUCAGGCUCGGCAGCCUGAGCUCUGCGACAGCGCCGCCGGCUGUUGCCGAUCAGCGCGGCGCUGCUGUCCGAGGGGCCGUGUGGCACCACGCCCUCGUGAGCUUCUUCGGCUGUUGCGCGAGGCCUGCCACAGGCGGCACCGGCGUUGAAGAGGUGCACGCGCACGUGCCGUCGAGCUGCGGCCGCGCGCCAGAGGCAUCGGGCGCCCUCUGCAGCCUUGCUGGGCCACGUUCGGACUGCCUCUCGGGGCCGAGCUCGGAUCCGGCGCCCGAGCCAGAGUCGUCGGAUGCGCUGAACUCCUGGCUGGACGAGCUGGAGCGCAAGGCCAAGGGCGCUGCGCGGCCCGCGGACCUGCUCAUGAGGGCCGUGCCCACUGGCCGCGUCUGCGCCAGCUGGGAGGACGACGACUCCCUGUCGCAGGCGGAGGACUUCUGGCGCAGCAACGUUGGGGGCAUUCGCCAUUUCCAGUUGGCAUCACCGGCCUCGCGUGCAACGCGAUUCAUAUCUCAUUCGUGGUUCGAGCCCGCGAAUUGGAAGGAGAUCAUGGGCCUCAAGUGCAGCUAUGCCGCUAUGAAAUGCACAGAACUGCAGUUAGCUGCCACAGAGAUCGGAGCAGACUCUGCGUGCAAUCUCGAAGAUAUAACUUUCUGGAUCGACAAGUGCUGCAUCCCUCAACAGCACUCGCUCAAGGAGGUCUGCAUUACUAUGAUCGAGGAGUUUCUGGAUCGCUGCGACGGAAUGGUCGUACUCCUCACCUGGGAGUGCUUUCAGCGCCUGUGGUGCGUGUAUGAGUGGGCCGCCUUCCUGGUGCGCCAGCCUCUGGAUAACAUCACCAUCUGCAUGGAGACGUUCUUGCGCCCGAGCUCCCGCCAUUUGUACAUCGAAGCUAUUAGGAAUCUGACGCUCGACAACUGCAAGUGCUCCCACGAGCCGGACCGCUGCCUGCUGAAGCAGAAGGUUGCGCAGUACUACACCUCCGAGGCCAACUUCGUAGAGCUGGCCCAGUGCAGUGCGAUCGCGCUAAUCGUCCGCACCGUCUGUAGGGGUGCCUCUCGCGGCGUACACUUCUGGGAGGAGGAGGUGGUGCCAUACGUAAAACUGGCCAGGGAACUGAAGUUGGACCACCUGGCCGAGGCCCUCGAGUCCGCGGAGCCGUGGGAGUGGCGGAUGCGCGCGAUGGAGGCUGCCAGCAUUAACACGAGCCAGGUGAGCAGCCGAGGUUGCAUUGCGGAGGUGAAGGAGUGGGAGCCCCACUUCAAUUGCUCAAUCGACUGCUGGUUCACAUAUCAGAUCGACCCUGUGCUGCAGCGCUCCAAAGCGGCCGCGGUGCGGCAUGACUUUGCAUUCGUCUCGCAUCAGCACGACAGCCUGCCUAAUCGAGUCACGAAGGAGCAGUCGAACGUCAUCAACUACGGCACAAAGUCGCAGCAGGCGCUCGAGGAGCCAAUCCUCUGA